UAACACGCUGAUAUUUUUAAUGCAGGCAAAGACAAGGACAAUAGUGCAAACUCCACGACGGCUCCCGUGACGACCACGACGACGUCCGUUUCCUCAUCCUCGUCGGCGGCCUCGACUACGACGUCGUCGACGACGAGUUUGCCCAGUGCCGUGAACUCGAUCCACAACAUCGGCACCAUGGCCGUAAACAGCAUCAAUAAAUCCAAGGUGACGAUUAAAUCCCGCAAGACACCGGUGAAGGAGUCUGUCAACGGUCACGGAGCGGCCACGGCCACGGCCAACUCGGAGAGCCUCCACGAGGACUCGUCCAAUAGUGAGCCCGAGAGGAAGGCGCCACCCAAGCGGAAACCGCCCAAGGUAAAGCGAAAGAAGGGAGCCGCCUGGAAACAGCAAACGGCCGUCCAGGAGCAGCGCCGGAGAAAGAAACAGAAGCAGGGUAGAGGAGGCGCAGCCGUCGGUAGCGAGUCCAGUAACGAGAGCGAGGCUGGAUCAGUGAGCGACUCCAGCGAACAGCGAUUCCCCGCUCGAGCCGUCAUGCAAAUAUCCACGAUUGAUACCUACAAAGCCUCGGGAAACGGGAAUAAAAAGGUCCCUAAAAAACGAGGAAGAAAACCAAGGACCACAAAAGAUAUUAAAACAAAAGAGGAAGAAGAAGAAGAAGAAGAAGACUAUCAACCUCGUCAAAAAAAAAAGCGAAUAGAUAGUAGCAAGUCUAGUGGUGUUAGUAAUAAGAGCAAAAAGAGAAGAAAUAAUCGAAUCAGUACAAUGGAAGACAAGCCUGAUGAAGAGAAAUUGAUAAAAACAGGUCAAAGCUGGAUACAGGAUGAUUUAUGCAUACGUUACACAUGCACAAGAAUAUCCAAGUGUCGAGAAUGCAGAUUAACCCCCAACCAGCGAGACAAAAUUUGUUCCGUUAGAAGUAUAACUGUUUUCUGUAGAUUUUACGCUUUCCGAAGGAUGCAAUAUACCAAGUCUGGAACGCUUGUUAUGGCAGGCUUCAAUGACCCUUACAUAGACGCCGACGAAAAUGAUAUACAACUUUGGCUACCAGGAAAAGACAACAGAUUAAUAAAACGAGAUAAGUACACGGAAGAAACACAAAAGGAUGGUAAAAAGGAUUGGGAUAAAUCGGAUUUUGAUAUUGAAUUGGCAUAUCAAAUUAUUAGACAAGUAGGAGACCAAUUUUGUGAUCUUAUACAUCAAGAGAAGAGCGUGGUCGAAGAGCAUUUAGCUAGAGUGGGUUCGGAUCUCGGAGAGCAGCCGGUAAUUUGGAAGCGAGUCGUUAAAGGAGUCCGAGAAAUGUGCGAUCUCUGUGAUACAACGCUGUUCAACUAUCAUUGGACCUGCGGCAAGUGCGGCUUCGUUGUUUGCAUAGAUUGUUACGAGGCUCGUAAAAAUAAAACGGUCGUGUGGGCGGAGAGCGGCAAGGGUCGGGACAAGUACGCCUGGCUCCUAUGUGCGAAUCGACAGACCCAUGUGCCCGAGCAACUCCUGCUCACUCAAAUCAUUCCGGCCGACUGCCUCAUACAAAUCGAUCAACGCCUCCACGAGUGCAGAAGCGAGUGGGGCAUCGCCAAGCACUGCAGCUGCGAUUUGGCGGUCAAGCCAACUAACGAGAACCUGAGAAGCCUGAUCAAGGGCGACCUCGUGUCCGUGAUGAACGGCAACGCGCAGCAAGAGAUCAAGCAGGAGAAGCAGAGGAAGAAGGACGGCGGAGGUAGCAGCAAUUCGAGCGAGAGUGGCAGCAAUGGCCGAACGAACGGGGAUGAGAAGAAUUCGCCCCUCAGUUGGCUCGCGGACGUCGCCCUACAGAAUCAGGAUAAGAACGAGAGCGACACGGACUCGGACUCGGACGAGGACCAGGACGGCAAUCACUCCACCCUCCGGGAGCUUCUCAUACGGCCAUCUCACAAGCCCAACGGCAGUGGCUCCAGGUCCAAUUCGCCGGACAGCGGUGGGACGAAUAACGCGACGACGGGCGACGGUGCCGCUUCCGGAGCCAAUGCCAACGAUUCCACCCUCGCCAGCACCAAUAGCAGCCAAAAUAGCCUCGCCAAAGCCGGCAAAAAGUCAAAAAUGGACACGCUCAACGAGGUCAUAAGCAGUGUCAUCGAGCACAGCGUCAAGAAGGAGGAAGAGGCGGGAAUGGACGACGAGAAGCCCCGCGAACUCAAGCAUUUUGUGCGCCGAUACAAGUGCCCACAGCGCGGUCGCGAUCCACUGCCAAUCAGGAUAAUGACACUGACCGAGAGCAAGAUUCUGUAUCCGGAGGUGCCGCACUCGUGGCUCUGCGACGGCAAGCUCCUACGGCUCCAGGAUCCCAACAAUCCCAAGAAUUACAGGAUAUUCCAGGACCAAUGGAAACGCGGUCAGCCGGUCAUUGUGUCGGACGUGCACAAGCACCUGGACAAGGACCUCUGGCAUCCCGACAGCUUCUCCAAGGACUUUGGCGACCAGAAGAACGACCUCGUUAACUGCAUGACCGGUAAUCUCGUGCCUAAGCAGCCAAUGUGGAAGUUCUGGGAGGGCUUCGAGCACUCGUCCAAGCGCCUUAAGGACGAGCAGGGUAACGCGAUGCUACUCAAGCUCAAAGACUGGCCGUCGAGGGGCGACUUUGCCGACAUUCUGCCGGCGAGGUUCGCCGACCUCAUGAAGUGCGUGCCCCUCUCGGAGUACACGCACAGGUACGGCAGGCUCAACCUCACCAGCAGGCUGCCGGAUACUUUUACCAGGCCGGACCUCGGACCCAAAAUGUACAAUGCGUACGGCUCGGCCCUUUACCCGGACAAGGGCACCACCAACCUACACCUCGACGUGUCCGACGCGGUCAAUGUCAUGGUCUACGUCGGCAUAUCCAAGGACGGCGACAGGGACGAGCACGUGAAAGAGGCACUCAAGGCGAUCGAUGAGGCAGGCUGUGAUAUACUUACGCGGAGGCGCGUCCGCGAGAAGGGCGAGAUCCCCGGGGCGCUCUGGCACAUAUACGCGGCGCGCGACGCCGACAAAAUCCGUGACAUGCUGAACGCCGUGGCCCUGGAGAAGGGCGCGAGGCUCGAGCCGCACCACGAUCCUAUCCACGAUCAAAGCUUCUACCUGGAUGGACCGCUGCGCGAGCGACUCUACCGCGAUUACGCCGUCGAAGGGUACGCAAUAGUCCAGUGCCUGGGUGACGCCGUGUUCGUGCCUGCGGGCGCGCCCCACCAGGUGCGAAAUCUCCACAACUGCAUAAAGGUCGCGGAGGACUUUGUCUCACCCGAGAACAUAUCCCACUGCUUUCACCUUACGCAGGAGUUCCGCGCCCUCUCCGACACUCACACGAACCACGAGGACAAGCUCCAGAUCAAGAACAUCAUUUACCAUGCGGUCAAGGACUCGCUCACGGCUCUCGACACCGUAAAGGAAGAAACUCUUGCGAGGAUAAAGAGCGAGAAGUCGGGCUCCGGAGUAACAACCGCAGCCGCGGUCGCCGCGGCUGGCGCUGCGGCAGCAGCAGUAGCAGCAACAGCAGUAACAGUAGCCGAGGCCAAAUCGACGAAGCUCAAGCCCGAGAAGAGCGACGGCACGUAAUGUCGUAUGUCGGCGAGUCUCCUCACGGGCGAGACAGCAACACUGGUCAAAAGCAAGCGUGCGGCUACGCGAAUCCGUUGACGGGAUUGUCGACUGACCCCAUCCUUGGCCCCACGCACAACACGUCCACAGUACAUAACACGCAACAACACACAGCACACAAAAAACAGAGCGAAUAAACGAGAAGGUGCAGC